GUGAUGACGUCGGGGGGCGGAGCCGCGCCGCGGCCGCAGUGGGCCGAGGUUGGAUGAAGAGUCUCAAGGUGUCCCUUUGAAACAUUUCUUAUUUCUCCACUUGCUUCUCCCCAUGGAAGACAGGCAGGGGCUCCUUUUCUGCUGUUCAUGCUGAGCAGUUGCUCGGAGAGGUGGUGCUGGAGUGGAAAUACACCUGGUGAUGAUUCAAAUGUGGGAAUCCCCCCGGAUGUGGUUGCUGCUGGUGCUCCCCUGGGAACAUGCCUUGAUAGGGAAUUAACACCAGUCAGUGAUGGGCUGUGGGACCAGCAAAGUGCUUCCCGAGCCCCCCAAAGAUGUGCAGCUGGACCUGGUCAAGAAAGUCGAACCCUACACAGGCCACAGUGACAUAUACAAGCAUUUCAUCAGAGAUGACUGCGGGGCUGCCAUCAAAGCUGGCUCUCCCUCCCCUGCCCAUCACACCAGCCCCUACCCCGGGCACCCCCUGCCCGCCCAGCAGCCCGAGCCCCGCAAGAACAAAGUGGCCAAGUACCGCGCCAAGUUCGACCCGCGCGUGACGGCCAAGUACGACAUCAAGGCGCUGAUCGGCAGGGGCAGCUUCAGCCGCGUGGUGCGCGUGGAGCACAAGGCCACCAAGCAGCCCUACGCCAUCAAGAUGAUCGAGACCAAGUACCGCGAGGGCCGCGAGGUGUGCGAGUCGGAGCUGAGCGUCCUGCGCCGCGUGCGCCACACCAACAUCAUCCAGCUCAUCGAGGUCUUCGAGACCCAGGACCGCGUCUACAUGGUCAUGGAGCUGGCCACGGGCGGAGAGCUCUUCGACCGCAUCAUCGCCAAGGGCUCCUUCACCGAGAGGGACGCCACGCGCGUGCUGCAGAUGGUGCUGGACGGGGUGAGGUACCUGCACACGCUGGGCAUCACCCACCGCGACCUGAAGCCGGAGAACCUGCUCUACUACCACCCGGGGACGGACUCCAAGAUCAUGAUCACGGACUUCGGGCUGGCGAGCGCGCGGAAGAAGGGGGAUGACUGCCUGAUGAAGACCACGUGCGGCACCCCGGAGUACAUCGCUCCCGAGAUCCUGGUCAGGAAGCCCUACACGAACUCCGUGGACAUGUGGGCGCUGGGGGUGAUCUCCUACAUUCUGCUCAGCGGCACCAUGCCCUUCGAGGACGACAACCGCACCCGCCUGUACCGGCAGAUCCUGAAGGGAAAGUACAGUUACUCAGGCGAGCCCUGGCCCAGUGUGUCCAACCUGGCCAAGGAUUUCAUCGACCGCCUGCUGACGGUGGACCCCAGCGACAGGAUGACGGCCCUGCAGGCCCUGAAGCACCCGUGGGUGGUCAGCAUGGCAGCCUCCUCCUCCAUGAAGAACCUGCACCGUUCCAUCUCACAGAACCUUCUCAAGAGGGCGUCCUCCCGCUGCCAGAGCACCAAGUCAGCCCAGUCCACCCGCUCCAGCCGCUCCACCAAGUCCAACAAGUCGCGGCGCGUGCGGGAGCGGGAGCUGCGCGAGCUCAACCUGCGCUACCAGCAGCAGUACACGGGCUGAGCGCCCGCCGGUGGGCACGCACUCGGUGAGGAACAGCCAGGUUCCUCCCCUCCUCCCUCCAGGCGUUCCCCCCUCCCACGAGGAGGUGUCCCCCUCACCCCGUGUGGAGGAAAGGGAACCUUGUGGUGGCCGUCCCAGCCCGCGAGCUGUGCCCCGCGGGGUCUCGCGCCAGAAACGGGGGAGUCCUUGUGGGCUCGGAGCCCCAGGGAAUUAAGGAGCCACGUGGGGAGAAGAGCUCUUUCUGUAGCCCGGGAGCUUGGUUGUUCAUAGUUAUUUAUUAAUUCCAGAGCGUUUAGUUUCUCUCACUUGUGUAUGGAAAAAAGCAGCAAUCACUUGGUGUGUCUGUGCGUGCACGUCCGUGUGUGCACAUACACGUGUGGGGGUGUAUAUGUAUUUAAAAAUCCUGUAUACACACAUUUGGAGCUGGUUUAGUCAGACUCCGUGGUGCCUUUGCAGCGAAGCUGGAAUGAGUCAUGUGCAGUUAGAAGUGGGAUAGCUCUGACUCACUGCUGUGCUGCCCACCAGCUCCUCACCAAAGAGAUGCCAGACAGCAGUUUUCCACAAGGGCCGAGAAGCUGCGAGGUUUCCCCCAAGGGCUGCCAUCCUCCUGAUGACGUCAAGGCCUCACUUGCCUGAUGACAUCAAGGGUUACCCCUGGAAUUGUCCUUUCCUUGCUUGCAGCAAGACCAGUGCCUGUCAUGCAGGGUUUGUUGUUCUUGUGGCUCUGUUGUGUCUCUGAUGUGUUACACACCUUGCACCCUUCAGAAGAAGAUUGAGAAGGUUGAGGGUUUUUUGUGCUAAGGGGAAAAAAGAGGGGAGAAGUUUUAGGGAUGUGCUUCCCACCCCAGAGGUGGGAUGGGCUAUAACCACUGUAGGCACAGUGUUACUGACCAUGUCACUGCAGCAGAACUUUGGUGGUUCCAGGCUGCUCCCUGCCUGCAGAUUUGACAGGCCUCCCCUGCUUUGUGUGCUUGUGCUGCCCCAGCACUGCCAUCCCUGCUUUGGGACAGUGGUGGUGGGAGCAGUUGGGGUGGCCACAAAUGGCUCCACAGCAUCAGGGUAGGGGCUUGAGUAGUGGAAGCCCAGUCUGGGAGUGUCAGCAGUGACAGUACCCUGGAGACAUUGUACACAUGCCCUAGAGCUGUGAGGGGUGACUUAAGUUCACCAGGAAAAAGCUGCCUUUGAGGAGUCCUUGUGCUGUGUAGGUGAUGAGGUGGCCUCUUACAAAGGACUCUCAGGGGGCUGCAGAGCUGAGCUUUCUGCAAGCCUGCUGAGAUUAUCUUCACAGCUAGUUAGAGCAGCAAAGUGGGGCUGAUGGCACAUGCACAGGAUGGAUUUGGCUUCUCAUGGUAGCAGAGACAAGAUCAGCAGUGAAGGAAAAUGCUGGGGUUUGAAACUUUUCUUACAAAGCCACACGAUUUGCUUUGUGCUGUGCACUUGGGAAGGGCUUGCCUGGCUGUGGGCUGGAGGUGCAGGCAGUCCAAGCUCAAGGGUCUGCUGAGCUUGGCCUUUUCCUAGGAUUGAUGCCUGUGCCACUGUGUUCCAGUGUCAGCAGGGCUGAAGUGGUCAGUCACUUCUCCAGGGAGCUCUCCCAGUCACUCCUAGUCAGCAAACAGCAAAGCAGCUUUAGUGGGAGAAGAUUGGAGUUUUCUGUGCUAAGGUGAAAAAAGGGGGAUUUCUGGGGUUGUGCUUCCCACCCCAAAGCUGGGAUGGCUGUAAAUAAGUGUAACCAGCCUGGUGUGCCCAAGCAUAUGGUGGGGAAUAGAACAGAACCUUGAGACAGCCACUGUGUGUAGCAGGAGUGAAUUCAAAAUCCUUUGUGUGGUUUUGCGUGUUAUUUUGGAAACCUCACAUCCUUUGUAGGCUGCCCUUGCUCUGAGCAACCCAUCCUCCCAUGUCACAUGCAGUCUUUCUUCCAUCAGCAUCAACAGAUACUGUAGAAUUCCCCUUAUUUGUUUUUUUUUCAACUCUGUGGACUGCAAACAAAAACGUUUUCAGCAUAUUUUACCUCCUCACAUUGUUUUUCCCUAGUUUGUUACCAUGAAUUAUAAACUAGAUGUGAUAUUUCUGACAAAGCAGGCAGCUUGCCACAUUUUGCUUCAUAAAGAGUUCAGUGUCCCCCAUGGUACUGCAAACAGCUCUCCAAAAGCAGGAGCCCCUCUUAGGCCAGUGUCAGUGGGGGCCCUGCAGGUCCCGUGGUGGCAGGAGGCUCCCUCAGAGCACUUCUGGUUCUGAGCCUUUGCUUGAAGAGGCUUUGGUGUGUUUGGAGCACCACUCCAGGCACUGUGAUUGCUUUUACCUCCUGGCUGCUCCCAUGGCCCUCCCCAGAUUAUCCCGCAUUUUUAUCCAUAAAACAGGGAUUUUGCCUGUGUGAGGGGGUCAAACUGAUGAACUGAGCCAAGACCUCUAGAACUGAGACCCUUCCCCUUAACCACUAGACUGUCAAAAUGCACAGGCAUCAUGCAGCUAUCUGCCCCUGCUGUUCUUUAUCCUUCUCUUAUGGGAUGAGGAAUGCAUAAGCCCUAGGCUAACCAGGCUUGUUUCUCCACCUUCACAAAGCAGAACAAGACUCUUCUCAUCUGUGACAAUUUUUGCUUCACUGAUCUUUUCCCCUGUUUUUUUCACCAGGGGAAGUUUGGUGAUUUGUAAUUACUUUGGGCUGGAGUAUGUUUUGAGAAUUGAGGUUGCUGUGCAGGUUCCUGACAGUGCCAGGCUUUGGUGGUGAUGCUCUGUGACUGGGGGUGAGUUGGCAGAAGGGAGGAUCCAGCACAGAGCUGAGAAUCCUGGACAGCUGCAACUGGCUCUCCGUGGUAUCGAGGUGUGUGCAGCCCUUGGGCACUCCACUGCUUGGGAACUGUGGGAAGAGGACCAAGGCCAUCCCAUAAAGAGUUUUGGCUUUUCCGAAAAAAAAAGA